AAAAUGAUAGUGAUUUUUAAAGAAAAACAUUUAGGGACAAAUUCACUAAAAAUAUAGUUUUGUUUAAAUUGAUAGACAUUCAAAUUGUGUUUAAAAAGGUGUCAAAAUGAAGGUGUCUUAAAAUGGGCGACUUUGAAGGACGUGUUUUGGAGAGGAAAAAUUCACUAAAAAUACAGUGUCAUUUAAAUUGAAACAAUUGAUAAUGACAAUUUAACUGUGUAUAAAAAGGAAUCUCAAAAUAAAGAAAACAAUCUUAAAAACGCGACUAUGAAGUACGUGUUUUGGAUUUUUCAUUCAAGAGAUUUAUGAUAUAGUUUUACCUAUUAAAUAAAGCGGUAAAUUUAAAGCAAUGUUAUGAAAAUAUUUGCUUAUAAUGAAUAGUGUGAACAUGUAUACAUUUUAUUAUUUUGUCGUUUAUUCAUUAAGCAACUGUUUAAAAUGUUAACCAGUGCUUGACGUUGAAUUUGGAUUAACAAGAAAAACCACUAAGAUAAUGGAUAAGAUUAAUUAAUAAGUGCAUAAUUUUAAUAAUGAGUCUUGUUCCUGAAAGAUGAUUGAUAGUUCAGAACUCAAAUAUAACAAUAUGCUGAGUCACCUGAAAAUAUUAGAGCAUAGUUAAUGAAUGAGUGGGUCUGUUUGACUUUGUUUUACCGUAAACACUGUCAAUAUAGAUGAUUAACGAAGAUAUCAAGUUUUAACCCAUGCUGAAGAGGUCAUUGGUGAAUACAUUAACGCCGUUUAUAAGUAUUUGUACAAUAAUAUCUGACUAAACACAACUAAUUACAGUGUUAUACAGGAAUUACAAUUUACUCACUUUAUGGCGUAUACAUACAAUUUACGGUGUUUUUACGACAGCUUGAUUUUAAUUAAAAAAUAAAUAUUGGAUAUCUUUCUCUCACUCGGAGACUAGAUACAAACGCCAUGAGGAGAUUUUUUCUCCUGAAUAAAGGGAUACAAUACGGUGGGUGAUCUUCCGUUACAGCGCCGGGAGCUUUAACGCUCUAUUCCGGAAAUAUUACUGAGAGGAGAAUAAUAAAACAUGGCGGAUUCUUGAACGUGAAUUAUUAACAGCGUGUGUUCGAUAGGAAAUAUUAGACCAAGAGUCCUGGAACUUUGAAUAAAGCUUGUCCAUUUGGCGGCAGCCGUCAUGCAUAAGGCGUACCUACCUCCUUCAAUGGCCACUUCAAGCGGCACCAAGUGCUUCAAGGCGUCCAGCCUCGACCACUGUCCGAAAGGCCAUGAAAUGGAAACAUGUACAUUGAACGGGGAGUCUGGCCGUUACUGUAAACAGUGUGGGGACCUCACCUUCCAGCCGAAUGAAAACAGAUUUGGCGACCAAUGUAGAAUCAGACGAACCUGUGACAAAUACCGUAUGAAGUUCGCGGAAUACGGGGACAAAACUCGAAAUGCCGUCUGCGAGUGCGAUCUUGGCUACCAUUUUGAAAACGAGGAUCAGCGCGCAUGCGUACCGAACAAGGAUUGUGGGAAGGGGUUCGGCAUGGGAGUUUACGAAGACAACACGUUGACAGGUAUAUGUCAAAAUUGCUUCGAGAAAAACAUGUGGUCGGAAACGAUAAAUAAUUAUGACAGAUGUAAACCCCUCAAAAAUUGUGAGAAGAUGAGUCGGUGUACAAUAGUGAAGAGUAACGGAACAUUCGACAAUAAAUGUGGACCCGUCGUGGCAAACGUCAAGGAUUGCGACAGUAUCGUCCAUGCGACGGCGGAACCGGCGACCGCCACUUCCACAUCCACCGUUGUCGGGCUAGCGGUGGCCGGUGGCGUCUUGUGCCUCCUCCUCGUGCUCCUGCUCGUUAUUCUAUUCGUGAGGCGGCGCCGGCGGGCAGCGCGGGAGCGGCAGCUGCGAGCGGAGGAACUGGAGGAGAUGCUUCCGGAAAUUGUUAAGCGCGCGAAGAAAGAUGAAAACUUUUGCAAGAAAGUGUUGGACCUGCUACAGCGAGAAGUCGAGGACCGAAUCAACAACCAGAUCUGGGCGCUAGCUCAGGAACUCUUCAAAUCCCACCUAGAACCCGCGAAGUACGAGGACCUCCUGGAGAAAUACCGCGACCAGCAGCACAAAUACGCCGUGAACGGCUACUUGAACGACUGGCGCGGGUGGCGCGGUAACCAAGGCGACGCCGUGCACGAGCUCGUCACGUGCCUGCAGUCGGAGCGCGUGAAAAGGCCCGACAUUGUCCUGGAGGUGGUCAAUAAACUCCGUGAAGACUUUCCAGAAGUAGUAGAGUCAUACAGUCCAAAUAAACGGUCCCCAAGGUCUAGCCCAGCCAAGCGCUUCUGUGCCGCCAUUUUCCCGUGCGCGUGCAAAGAAAACGACCCGGAUGUUUACGAGUGCAAAGACACUUCUAAGGGCCUGUUAUCAGAACAUCUCAACAAUGAUACUAAGGACAAUAGUCACGUGACAGUAAAUCUCGCGCCAGGCGGACCACAUGACGGUAAUACCGGUGGUGGCGGAGGUGACGUCAUAAUCUCACCGGAAGACGCGGGUGGUGUUUACCGGAAGGCAGCCACUCCUAGCGCGCCCGUGAUAGAAGACGAUGUAGGAAUUUACCCUGAUGUGGAGGUGAAAGGUCAACAUUUCUAUGACCGAUCGGAUUCACUUCCGGUCCAAGCGAGUAGUUAGAAAUAGGUGCUCAAAUUAGUGACUACAGCAAAAUAUUGCCUAAUUCUUGUGAUCUACAAACUUAUAAUCGUGAAUUUGUACAAUUGCGACCGUACAGAAUGCAGUAGUUUUUAACCAUCCUUAUAAUAGACAUAUUGAUUGUGAUUGGUUAGAGGCCUACGUUUUAAAUUAAUUACAGUCUCGUUGUGACGUAGUUGACUGUUGUGACGUCAUAAUGAUAAUUAUAAUUAUUUUCUUUCUGUCAUAAUGGCCUGUGAAUCGGCUAAUGGAAUCUCGAACUUGAAUUAAAAUGCCACAUCGAUGUGUGUUCGACAGAUGUAAGAUAAAUUGUUAUAUUUGCAAAGUAUGAAGCCAGAAAUAUUAAAUAUAUUACAUUUUGACCAGAUCAUAAUGAUAAACUCAUAUCUUAAGUCAUAAUGCUUAUCAUUGCUAUUUUCAUUAACAAAAAAUCACAUAAGAUAUAAUCGAUCAUUUAUUUUUUAUUUCAUUCACUGCCUCUGUAUAUAUGCUGGCUUUCUGUUGAUUUUUCCAUACAUGUAAGUGAUUACUUUCUGUCAGCAAUUUAUGAAUUGAAUAAAUGUACGAUGAAGCAAGGAGCUUCCUUAAAUGUUUGGCGCUUUUUUCGAAUCAUAGUUGUAAAUAAUUGUGUUUUUGCAUUUUUGUCUUAAAAAGACAACUCAUUUGACAUGUGUGUUUUUAAGUUUAAAAUGAUGUAGAAGUUGUUGAGAAGUUUGAUGUACAGUCGAAACUCGCUUUGUCGAACUCCGUUAUCGCUUGUUUCGACUAUUUUGGAUCAAGUUAAAUAUGUUCUGUGUUUCGGUUAUAUCGAAUGUUGGUUAUCUCGAAGUAUUUCCCGAGGAUCCAACGACUUCGUCAUAACGAGUUAUUACUGUCGAUACGCCUACUUUAUAUUUGCGUUAUGGAUGUUAUAAAAUUGUUAAAAUGUUUGUUAGUUCUAAAGAUGAAUUUCGGCUUGAUUUUUCGAAGCCAAUGUGCUUAAAUUUACCUUUGCUAUUGUAACUGACUGUUCGAUCAUUUAAGUAUUGAUCAUGAUCAAAGGUGAUCCAUAAAUAAAUUACCUGGAACUACCCUCUAAAUCAUUGUCAUAUAUUUGAACUGAUCUAUAAUUGAUAUGAAACGAUCUUAAGUUUAAGAAUUAAGUUUAUAGUUAUCAGAAGUGCUCCAAAAGUCAAUUAAGUUGUGUCUGAAUCUAGCCAACAUUACAGUAUCUUAGCAGAGAUAACUUACGAGUCUAGUAUCUGAUCUGAUAAAAUUCGCCCGCACAUUUUGCGUAUUUAACAUUUUUUAUCGACUAAACUAUAAAUAGCAAUUUUAAAAAUCCAGGACAUUUCUAUAUAUAUAUAUAGAUUUCAAUAGCAUAAUUAUUGUUAGCAACUUAGUCAGAUUGGCGAAGGAUUAAAGUUCGGUUUAUCUUACAUUUUCAGUGGCUUAUAUUUCAUGUAGAUAAGCAUUGUUUCGAUUUGAUCAUUCCAGUGUGUGCAUAAUCAUGCAAGUAUUUCUUGAUUUGUGCAAUUUUCUUAAUUCCCAAAGAAAUAUUCGAUGUACGUAUUUUUUUUUAAUUUUUAUUACUAAUUGAAUUUGAAAAUAUAUGAAUGAAAUUGAUCAAAAUUUUCAUUUUAAAGAUUUUAUUUUUAUCACAUAGAAAGAGUAUUUCGCAAUAGUAUUUGUGUUCAUUUUGCUUUUCAGACUAACCAAAAAUAUUGAAGGAAUGUCUAAAUGAGAUAUGUUCGAUCCAAAAGUCUUGUUUUGUCUAAUUUUAUUGUGCUUUUCAAAGAAUUUUAACUUUAAGAUGUUGUUAAUGUUAUUAAGAAAAUAAUGUUACCAUGAAUUCGCUUAUGUUUUUUUAUUUACAAGUAUUAAAAUUUCGAAGCAUAUAAUGAUAUAUUUCAUAAAUUGUGGCUGAUAUGAAUUGUUUCACUUUUUAUCUAUUUUUAGAUUAUUAUUUUUUUAUUUUUGAAGGAAACGAGUUUUGAAUAAACCCACAUUUGUCUUCAAAGAAACGUUCAUUUAAAUGUUCAACAGCUUUAAAAAUGCGGUGACUACUUGCGUUAAUGCUGUGUUAUUCAUUUUUUAUUGUUUAUUGAUUUUAUUAUGAUAAUGAAUUUAUUGAUGGGUUAAGCAGUGUGUGUAUACCACGUGAUAAAUUACGUCAUAAAUGUAACAUCAGAAGGCACAAUUUUGCUUAAAAUGAAGACUUAAAUCAAAGAUAACUUUUCUUUUACAACAACAUUUUAAAGGAAACAAAGGACAGUCUAUGCCGCUUAAGGAGCCCCGCCUUCGUUAAAUUACUGGAGUUUGAUAAGGUGAUUAGUUUCAUCAAACACUUCGACAAACCUGUUUCCAAAAUAAUGUUUUGAAAGUGCUCCAUCAGACGGCCGUAUUGUGAAAAGGUUUGUCGAAGUGUUUUAAGAAACUACGCUCUCAAUCAAACUCUGGUUCAAGACCGAAGGCGGGGCUCCGUAAGCGGCGUAGACUGCGCUAUGUUUCAUUUAAAAUGGUGAAGAAAUAGGAAAGUUAUCUUUGUUUAAAGUCUUCAUUCGGAGCAAAAUAUUGCCUUCCGACGUAGCAUUUAUGUCGCAAAUUAUCACGUGGUAUACACACACUGUUAAGGAGUUCUUUAAUAUUCCAAAUAAUCUGUUAAAGGGACUUAAUCGCAUAUUUUAUGUUCGCGUUGAAAUUGGAUUACUUUUCUUACUUAUAUGAUAAGCACAAAAUAGCAAUUGGCAAAAACUUAUUUGAACAUAAUUUUGUUAAUCCAAGCCUAAAACAAUUAUAUUUUGAAUAGCAAUACCAUCGUUACACUUUUUGGAAAAUAAAGGCAUUUUUAGAUACUUAUGUUAAAAAAUCAGCUCUGUAUUGAUUUUUUGAAGAUGUUUCAACAUUAUUCAACACCUUAAAAUAAUUCAAUUUCUAAUAACAUUAUCAACGCUUUUUGGCAUAUUUUGUGAUAUUUUUCGAUAGUUAAUACCAAACAAACUCUUAAUUUUAUUAUUUGAUUAUCUAUUUUUAUUUUAUAAAGCAUUUUACGCAAUGAAAUCAUCGCACCUCGUCGUAAAAAGCGUUCUGUUCAAAUUUCACACGAAAAAAAAUAAGUUGUCUGAGCCCAUAAAACAUGGACAAGUCCCUUUAAUGAGUACGUAAUAUUCCAAACCAUUUGUUAUUAAUACGCAGGCAAAUUGUACCUUAUUUUAAGCAUUUAUUUGUUAAGUUGUUUUGCUUUAAUUAUAAUUUAUUCUGUUUAUUAUCUUAUUUGUUACAAAUGAAAUUGUUAAGAAAUGCACAAUUUAGUGAGGUAAUUAAUUAUCUGAGUAUUUGCAUAUUCAGAAAUCGAACUUUAGUAUUUUUAGUUGAUAUGUGAUGGAAAUGUAUUUUCAUUGUAUUAUCACAAAAAAUGCUUGUAUUGAAGAAAAACUUAUGAUAUUUUGUAUGUUGUUAAUGAAUUAUCAAUUGCCACAGUUAUGUUUGUUAUUGGUAGUUUUUGAAAAGUAUGCAUUGGCGGCAAUUGUUGGAAUGGAUAAUAUGUUGAUUUUUGAAAACCAGUUUAAAACACUUGAAAGGUUCCAGCAUUUGUUUUGUAAAAUCUCCAAUAAAUAUUGGAGCGAAAUAUAUAUAUGUAUUUGACCUAAACACAAUAAUUCGAAGAUUCUUUUUAAUGAUUAAUUUGACUUGCCCAUCCUAUUUCAUAAUACAUUAAUGAGUACAAAUAUUUACUAUACUUAAUUGAACCAAAGAUUAUUUCUACAAAACCAUUUUUUUAGGUCGUCUUUUUUUUCAAUGAAAACAAUGGAGGUGUUGUCAUGAAUAGCCUUGUUGUUGGUGUAGUUGAUGUCGCUGUUGUCAUCAUCGUUGGCGUCUUGAUUUAUUUUAAUCUUGGCAAUGACUUAAACCUUGUUCAAGAUAUGAAAAUAAACCUUAUGCACAUGUUCGACUAAAAUCUCACAAACAGACGAGCGUUGGCGGUCCUCCCGCGACGCUCUUGUUAUCUGUGUUUAUGUAGUUAAUGCAUUCAUAUACAUGUACUUGUACAGUUCUCAAUCGCUUUUGCUGUCUGAUUUCAUUGGGGAACUACCAUAUGUAAAAGAAAACAAUAAAAAUGCUAUUUUCA